GGGGAACAGGAGGAGGGACUGAGGGAUGGGGAAAACUGCACAAAGGAAUUCCUCACCCCAAGCCCCCUGACUGCCAGCAAGUGAAGAAGUAGUUCUGCUCUCUCUCCCACUCCCUCCCAUCGCAUCUUCCCACCGUGGCUGGGCCCAGGCCAUACAGCAGCUGCAGGCCUUUGGAGAGGACCCACACAUCCUCCUGUAGGUGGCAACAGUGCCACCUGUUUGGUGGGGCUGAGCCAAGGAUUGCAAGAGGGAGGAAGCAGACAACUCCAGAGGAGCUGGGAAGCAGUGCAGAGCAGAGAGCAGAGCUGCGCUGAGAAAAGGCUUUCACCAUGGCCGAGUCCCUUGACUGCUGCUCCAUCUGGGCCCGCUGCUUCCAUUGCCUGUACAGCUGCCACUGGAGAAAAGGCCCUAAAGAGAGGAAUCAUACCAGCAAGUGUGACUAUAUCUGGUUUGGCCUGCUCUUCCUCACCUUCCUGCUUUCCUUGGUCUGGCUGUACAUCGGGCUCAUCCUUCUCAAUGACCUGCACAACUUCAACGAAUUCCUUUUCCGCCGCUGGGGACACUGGAUGGACUGGUCCCUGGCAUUUGUGCUGAUCAUCUCUCUAUUGGUCACAUAUGCAUCCCUGCUAUUGCUCCUGGCCCUGCUCUUGCACCUCUGUGGACAGCCUCUACAACUACAUGGUCUUCACAAGGUGCUACUGCUUCUCAUUAUGUUUCUUGUGGCCACUGGCCUUGUGGGAUUGGACAUCCGGUGGCGCCAGGAGUGGCAUAGCUUAUUUCUGUCACUACAGGCCACAGCCCCAUUCCUUCACAUUGGAGCAGUCGCUGGAAUCACCCUCCUGGCCUGGCCUGUGGCUGAUACCUUCUACCGUAUCCACCCAAGAGGUCCUAAGAUUCUGCUACUGGUUCUGUAUUUUGGAGCUACCGUAUUUGUCUACCUGGUCCCCUUGUACAUAUCCUCACCAUGCAUCAUGGAACCUGGAAACUUACCUCCCAAGCCCAGACUGGUAGGACACCGAGGGGCUCCCAUGUUAGCCCCGGAGAAUACCCUGAUGUCCCUGAGGAAGACAGCUGAAUGUGGAGCAACUGUGUUUGAGACGGAUGUGAUGGUCAGCUCCGAUGGAGUCCCCUUCCUCAUGCACGAUGACCAGCUGAGCAGGACCACAGACGUAGCCUCUGUGUUUCCAGCCCGAACCAAAGCUCACAGCAGUGACUUCUCCUGGGCUGAACUGCAGAGACUGAAUGCUGGGACUUGGUUUCUAGAGAGAUACCCCUUCUGGGGUGCCAAACACCUAUCUGGCCCUGAUCAGAAAGAGGCUGGGAAUCAGACAGUACCAGCAUUAGAAGAUUUACUGAAGGAAGCAGCAGCCCUCAACCUUUCCAUCAUGUUUGACUUGCGUCGACCCCCCAAAAACCACACCUACUAUGACACCUUUGUGAACCAAACACUGGAGACUGUGCUGAAUGCAAGGGUGCCCCAAACCAUGGUCCUUUGGCUGCCAGAUGAAGAUCGGGCAAAUGUCCAACAACGAGCACCCAAAAUGCGCCAGAUAUAUGGACAGCAGAGAGGCAACAGAACUGAGAAGCCCCAACUUCUCAACCUUCCAUAUCAAGAACUGCCACUGUUGAACAUCAAGGCACUGCACCAAGAUAAUGUGUCAGUGAACCUAUUUGUAGUGAACAAGCCCUGGCUCUUCUCCCUGCUCUGGUGUGCAGGGGUGGAUUCAGUCACCACCAACGACUGCCAGCUGCUGCAGCAGAUGCGUUACCCCAUCUGGCUUAUUCCCCCUCAAACCUACUUAAUGAUAUGGUUCAUUACCAACUCUGUCUCCAUCCUGCUGCUUUUGUGGACUUUCCUCCUCCGAAGGAAAUGUGCUAAGGAAAGUGAAAGAAAUGGCUUAGAAACUGCAGUGCUGCUGACCAGAAUCAGUAAUUUCAACAUGGAGUGAAUGCUUCAUCUUAAGUCACCACCAGCUGGACUCCAAGGCCUUGCACUGCUCAAUGGCAAGGGAAGAAGAAGGGCUGAAAUGGGAUAGCACCAGGGAAUUGGUUGCAGUGUAUGUGGGGACUUUAUCAACAGGAAGUUUUGCAGUUGGCAAGCCUCAGCUGAAAUGAAAUCUACAGUUUUUUUUUUGGGGGGGGGAAGGGAUUCUGGCAUGAAGAAUUUGGGAAGCCUGUGAAUGUGGAGAAUUACCUCCCCCAAAUAGUUCAAACCAGGAAGUAAACAAGAUAUUGCUAAGAUAA